AUGAAUGAACAAGAUAAUGAACAUGUACAAUGGUUAAAUAAAUGGUACUGCAAAUGUCGUCACAAGUAUAUUGAUCUCGUCGGUGAUUUUGGAGGUAGCGAAUUAUUCGUGAUAGAGGGUGAUAGUUUACUUUUCAAAUUCCUCUAUGAUCCUGAAUCUGAUUUUCUGGAUUUUAGUCAACCUUUUUGUGGUGGUCAAUUUUUGGCCCUCACCUUUUUGGUCGAAAAUUUUCUAAACAAACUCAAAGAACGUAAAUGUGUCUUUCAUGUCGUUUUCUUUGAUGAUUAUCAAUCCCUAUGGAAUAAUCAACCAGUAUUACGAAUCGCCAGAGAAAUUAUUAUUGAUCAUUUAAAAUCUCAAAACACUGGAGUUCCAAUCGUUAACUUUAAGAAUUGGUGGUCUCCAGAAUGGAAUGAAUAUUUAGCCAACAGGCAACCGUUAUUUACUCUGGUUGGUGAUGGUUCAACCGAACAUUUAGAAAUUGACGUAACAAGUGAAGAAAUUCAACAUGAUUCGCCCCUUUUUGGAAUCGCAACAAAGAAUUCAUUAAAAAUGACCGUCGUGUUUCGAGCUUUCUUGUUUCAUUCCCUUCACAUCGAUUUACCUGUCGCACUUUUGCCCGGAAUGGAAUUUAGAGAAUCACGUGCUUACGCUUUCGUAUUUGAAAGGAGUGAAAGUAUGGGUCCCGAGAUUUUAAAUAAAUCAGUUGAAUUGGCUAAGAAGGUACUUCAAGUGUAUGAUGAAAAAUCGGUCUGGUUUAAAGGACCUGUUAAGAAAUUCAAUUUGAAUUCAUCUUGCAAGGAUUUGUUAACUUCUCAAGAAUUUUUACAAGUAUGGUCCAAUGGUGGGAAAAGGAUCGCGCUUAUUUUAUUAUCUCUGACUGGGGUUUUAUGCGAUAAUGUUGAUAAACCAGACUUUCAAUACCUAGCAAAGAUCUUUUUGCUUCACACCAUUAUCCUAGAUUACCUACCUUUAAACUUAAGGACCUCACCACCAGUAGAUGAUGAUGAACAUGUUGAGAGUAAUAGCAGGAUUCAACUUUUCUUGAAAUUUUUUUACGAUUAUUGUGCUAAAGUUUAUAUCAGUGACAUCCUUCUCGAGUCGAUCGGAAAUUUUCAAGAUUUGAAUAAGAACCUUUAUGACCUUGUUGAUGCGCGACUGUUCGCAUCUUUAAUCAAAUUUCAGUAUGAUGAUGUAUUAAAUCUCAAGGUACUUCCUUCGGAAAUCAAAAAUCGAUUUGACGAAUCUUGGAACCUUUUAAAACGACUUUGUGAAUGUAAUGGGCUUGUUGAUGCUUUAAAUCUCGAUAAUGAUGAAAAAUUUAGGAAAAAAUUUCCAAUUGAAUUUAUUUCAAAAUCAAGUUUAGAAUUUAACGACGUAACGAACAUUCUUCCUUUUCAAUUUGAAUUCAUUGAAGAAUAUUUUGGGGACAUGCAUUUAUCACUUCCCGAAAAUUCAGGUAUCAAAAUUGACUCGGGUUAUUAUGGAUUAACCAGAAACGUUUAUUACGAUGAUACCAUUCAUUGGCAUUCUAAAAGAAAGACUGAAGGUAAAGAUAGAGUUCAUAAUCCUAAACAUGCAAAUUCUUGGAAACGUAAAGGGUAUCAGCAGUAUAAAGAAUCUGCUAGUGCAAAAGCUAUGAAAGAAAAGAUUAAAAAGGACAAGCUAGAAAAAUCCCUGAACGACUCUGAGCAAUACCUAGAUAAUUUAUUGAAAGAAGUUUUAAAAGAUAAAGAUCUCAAAAAUCAAAUUAAUAUUUUGAAUACCGGUCUUGAGAAAGAAAACAAGCUCGAACAUCCAUUCUCUAAGUUUAGAGGUCAUUUCAAAAAAUUGGAAUUAUUGGUAAAACUUUGGGCCGAGCAAUGUAAAGGUCCUGACGUCGGGAAAGGUUUUGCAGUUCCCGUAGAUAUAUUAUAUCAGGUGUUCUAUAUUGUGCAAAAUUUUCCAGAUUACCUGGGUGAUAAAAGAAAAAAAAAUUUGCUUGAAAUUAUAGAUCGACUUAAAUUAAACACUUGUUUAAACAAUUGUAAAGAACGCCUGAAAAAGAAAAAACCUGAUCCAGAUUCAAAAGGAAAAGGAGAUUCGUUCAAGUUUAAUUUACCCAGGGAUUCGAUUGAUUUAUCCAUUGGGAUGUCCGAUACGAGAUUACAAUUGUUAUACGCGGAUCAUUUAAUGGAGCGAAAUACGAAUUCUGUAGAAGAUCCUCGAGAUGAAUCCGCUUUAAUCUGCUGUCCAACUUCAUCGGGAAAAACUUUCAUUUCGUUCUAUGCAAUGGAAAAAGUUCUCAAAGAAAGUGAUGAUGGAAUUUUGGUGUAUGUUGCUCCUACCAAGGCUUUGGUUAAUCAAGUAACGGCCGAGGUUUAUGGACGUUUCAAGAAAACAUAUGAACAGACCGAUAAAACAACUUGGGGAAUACACACUCGAGAGUACCGAGAAAAUCAUGAGAAAUGUCAAAUUCUUGUAACAGUUCCGCAAAUGCUCGAGAUAUUGAUUUUGUCUCCAAAACGCGCGUCAUGGGCUCAAAACAUAAAGAGAAUUAUUUUUGAUGAGGUUCAUAUGAUCGGAUUUGAAGAGGGAGAAUUUUAUGAUCGUUUACUGUUAAUGAGCAAGUCUAUUCCUAUUUUAGCCCUUUCAGCUACGAUUGGGAAUCCUGAAACAUUCCGUGAUUGGUUAUCUAAAUCCAGGGGUUCAAUGAGGCUAAUCAAAACAACCAAAAGGUUUUCGGACUUGCAACAAUAUGUAUAUUUACCAAAAUUUCCGUUGCCUUCGCUUCUUGAGACUACAAUAAACCCAAAAGGAAGUCAACGACGAACCAGUAGUAUAGUCCCGAUUAAUCCAAUGUUUUCUCUGUCAACCGUCAUUUUGAAAGAAAAUGGAAUACCUGGUGACAUGAAACUUAUCCCACCUCAAUGUGUUCAACUCUGGGAUGAGAUGAAAAAAUUUUCGGGCGAUAAUCCGCCUCGUAGACUUGUUGAAUUAGAUCCUGAUGUUUAUUUUAAAGAUAUUGGUUAUAUUGUUAAGGAUGAUGCUGAUAAAUACGAACAAGAACUUAAGCAAGCGUUUGAAGAAUUCUCGAAAGAUGAUUCAUUAAAUGAAAUGACAAAGUCAACUAUUGAAGAGUUGGGAACUGGUAUUAAAAAGGGAUUUGCAGAUUUAGAAUCAGGAGCUGAAGGAUUACAUGUUUAUGGAGAUGAAUUUUACAAAGAAGCGAUGGUUCCAUUAUUAUGUGAAUUAUCAGCACAGGAUAAACUUCCUGCCAUCUUGUUCCAUUUUGAUAGGAAAGGAUGUGUUGAACUUGCGCUUCUUAUCUAUGAACAGUUACAUUCGGCAGAGCAAAAGAAAAGAGCCGAUGAUCAAGAAUAUCAAUCCAAAAAGAAAGCUGCAAUAGCGCAGAAAGAGAAGUUUGAAAAAGAUUUAAAGAGAAAACGUGAUUCAAAACCUGCUAAAACAUCUACCAAGGACGAAGAUCCUCCAGGAUCAGAGGAACCCAUGCCAAAAUUUUUUGAUUGGGAAGCACAUGAUCCCGACUUCACUUUUGUUAGAGACAGGGAUCGAGUUCCUUCGGAUGAGUUUGAAGAGAUAUUAGGCCCAACACUCAAGAUGAAGGAACCGUUAUUAAUCGAAGCACUAAAAAGAGGGAUUGGAGUUCAUCAUGCAGGCCUGCCUAGAAAAUAUUUAAGCGCAGUUGAAAUUCUCUUCAGACGACGUCAGUUACGAGUCGUCAUCGCGACUGGUACUUUGGCUCUUGGUAUAAAUAUGCCAUGCAAAACUGUUAUAUUCGUUGGGGAUUCGGUGUUUUUGGGUGCUUUACAAUAUAGACAAAUGAGCGGUCGUGCUGGGCGUCGAGGUUUCGACCUUCGUGGUCACGUGAUAUUUUUUGGCAUAAAUAUUACAAAGAUUAGUAGACUUCUAAUGUCAGGAUUACCGAAUCUUUCGGGUCAUUUUCCUUUGUCCACGACACUUAUGUUGCGUUCUUUUAAUCUUAUUAAUCAAUGCAAGGUUAAAAGUUCCGAUGAUAAUUAUGCAAAAAAUAUUGUCAAGGGACUAUUUUGCGAAUCUCUCUUUUCUUAUGGUAAUCAAUAUUUAUCUGAACAAGUUAAAUAUCACCUAAGGUUUUCCAUAGAAUACUUGAUGCGCGAAAGUCUUUUAGAUAGGAGAGGCAAUAUGAUAAAUUUAUCAGACAUGGUUUCAUAUCUAUAUUAUACGGAACCGAGUAAUUUCGUAUUCGCAGCAUUAUUUAAACAUGGAAUAUUUCACAAAAUUUGUAAAGGAUUAAAAGCAUCAAAUGAAAAAGUAAUGAAUGAAUUGAUCUUGAUUCUUUCUCAUUUAUUUAAUAGAGUUAAAUUACGUAAGAUUUCGGGAGGUUUUUAUCAAAAUACAGAAUAUCCUUCUAAAGUCAUCCUAGAUCCCUUACCGGAAAGUGUUAGUGACGUUUUAGAAGAUUAUAACAAACGCGUCUUGAAUAUGUAUACCGAAUAUGUAGUCAAUUUCGCGAAACAAAAUGCAACUAAAUUGGGACCUAAUAAUAGUUUACCUUUAUCGUCUAUCAAAAUUCCUCCAAAAUCCAUGGAUCAAGCUUUAAAGGAAGAUCCUUUGAUUUCUACACUUGAAUCUUCGGCCAUUUCAUUUACUGCUCGAUCUCCUUUUAUUUCCAUGUGUAGUUCACUUGGUGAUAUUUUCCAAGAUUUAGAGGAUUUAACAAGUCAUAUUCACAGUAAAAUAUAUUUGGAUCUUCAUAGCAUACCUUAUGUUAAUAACAAAGAAAAUCUUAAUGCGUAUAUAAGCGAUUUUUUUUCUCAUGGUCAGGAAGUUUCUCUUGUUAAAGCAAAUGGAAUAAGUCGCAGCGAUGUUUGGCAGGUUUUAAACAAUUUUAAUUUGGUUCUUACGUCAAUAAUUGUUUGCUUACAAUUAAGAAGUACCAAAAAUUUAAUGUUAGAUAGCAAUUUGAGAGAGGAAGAAGAACUUGUUCUUAAAGGAUUCGAGAUGAUUCAGAAACAUUUUGAAGACAAAUUCAUUGAGAUUUGGGCUUAA